AUGGGCUACAAAUCAAAAAUGGUCAAGACCAAAAAACACUCCAACGUGUUGAUCUGUCUGGUGGCAAUGGUAGUGCUGUUUUCGGUGUUUUUCACUAACAAAUCGCUUCAUUCGCGACAGCUGGCCGAGCCAACUCCGCUGGAUGAAACGAGUUCAAAGGAAUACGUUCAAAUCGAUCCGAAUGUCCCAUUUAUGCCGCAAAUGACGAACGAGACUCUCAAAGCUGAGCUGGGCAACGCCGCUUGGAAACUAUUCCACACGAUUCUGGCACGUUACCCUGAUGAACCUACUUCAGAGCAGCAAACGCAUCUCAUCAACUACAUCACUUCAUUUGCACAGGUGUAUCCCUGCGGGGAUUGUGCUAGGCACUUUGCUAAACUGCUUGAGAAGUACCCUCCACAGACUAAAUCUCGCAAGACUGCGGCAGUGUGGGGCUGCCACGUGCAUAACAAGGUUAACGAGCACUUGAAAAAGCCAGAUUAUGAUUGCUCGCAUAUUCUGGAGGACUAUGAUUGUGGAUGUGGCGAGGACGAAGUCAAGGCGGACAAGACCUUGGGUGGCAAGAGCCUGAAGGCGGCUUCAGAAUCAAAGGAACAUCUCAAGAGCAUCAAGGUGGAGUUAAAGGAAGGUCUUCAAGCUGGCGGGUGA